AUGGAUAGUGAGUAUGAAGACCCCCUUGAUGAAAUGCAUGAUUGGACCUUGCAUCCAUUUCUGCCAAUCUUCCACGAAAUUGCUCCCCUGAACCCGAGCCAAAAAUACACUCUCGAGGAUUGUCUGUUUACAGAAGAAUUGCACUACACUGUGCAGGUAGUGGAAGACAAAUUAGUUCCCGUUUAUCUCGGCGACACGAAGAACAUGAAACAUGAUCUCACCGGGGCCUCUUUACCAUCUUCUGUCGACUACUCGGCUUUUCCUAUCUACCAUCCUAGGGAAGUCCAGGUUCCAAUUAGUGCAAAUUCACUACCAGGAAUACCUCGUAAGGUAUUUAUUCAUGGGAAAACACGGUCUAGCUUCUUCAAGAUAGUCUAUGGCGGUGAUAUAGCAAGAGAGAUUCUCACUUAUCAAAGAUUCGCAUGGCUAAAUUCAAUCCCCCGAUUUUCACAUCAAGGGCUGGUCCAGGAUGAUGAUGGGUACGUUAUGGGAUUAGCUUUAUCAUACAUCGAUUGUGAUAGAGCUACACUCAAUUGCAUUGAUGGACAUGAUCCCAAUUUUUCCGAGCUCCGACAAAAAUGGGUUGAUCAAAUUUCGCAUACUCUUAAACACUUUCAUUCACAUAAUAUCAUUUGGGGGGAUGCGAAGGCAGCUAAUGUACUCAUUGAUAUCAAUAAGGAUGCAUGCCUGGUUAAUUUUGGAGGAGGCUAUACUAAAGGUUGGGUUGAGAAGGGGAAAGUCUAA